AUGAUCAGCGAUCCCAAAUCUGCACAGUUCAUCGCAUGGACUGAACUUGGAACGUCCUUUGUUGUGUCCAAUGUUGGAGAGUUUAGCAGGAGCAUCUUGGGCUCCCAUUUCAAGCACAAUAACUUUUCGAGUUUUGUGCGGCAACUCAAUAUGUAUGGGUUCCAUAAAAUCAACAGGACACCUCGAGCCCAAAGGACAUCGACGGACGCACAGACGUGGGAGUUUUCGCACAGCAAAUUCCUUCGUGGACGUCAGGAUCUCUUGGACGAGAUCAAGCGCAAGGCACUCGAACCUGAUCCGGGUAUGAAGCAUCGCGUUGAGCUGCCAGGAGAAGUUGCGGCGCAACUUAACUCGAUGAGAGAGGAUAACAUCAGAAUGUGGGAUCAGCUUGCUGCUGAGCGGCGUAAGGUCGAGAAGUUGGUCAACGUUGUUGGUCGGCUUUGGGAAGUUGUGAAGAAUAACUAUCCUGGCGGCCAAGUCUUGUUGCCACAAUUCCCAUCGGAACUUUUGGACUCGGAUAGUCCGAACAUCUACAUCACCUCGCCGACGUCGACAUCGCGGUAUCCACCACCCCUUUCCAUGAACAUGCACACGAUGCACACGCUCAACAGUCCAAACUCAAGUCCGACUGCUGCAGAUUUCCCAUCGCAUAUGCAUCAUGGACAUGCACUGUCGCGGCAACAUAGCUUCCAACACGUCAAUGGCUUCCGUGGGGACAGCACAUCCUCGACGCCAUUGCCGUCAUCGCCUGGGUCGAUAUCCAUGGAACUGUUUGACGAUGGCUCGUCGGACAAUAUACCCUCUGGGCGUGGCAGCACCAAGCGGCAGAGGCUUGAUGAAAAUGGUACCGCAAAUGGUAUUAACAACUCGUCAGACUCGAUAUCGCUGAUGUCGUCCGUGUCGUCGCCUGGAUCUGGCACAGGGCCCGGUAUCUCGAGCUUAACUGUGCCGAAGAAGUCCAGUCGAGCGCGGAGCGAUAGUGCACCGCUGGGGUAUGGUGCUGCGUUGUGGCAGCAGGGCGGGCUCUCGUCGGGCGGCGGGGGUCCUGGGCAGCAGGGCGGUGUCGGCAGGCCGAGGAGUGGGAGCGGGUUGGUCCCUAGAGGUAUCCCGAACAUUGGGACAAUGACCAGGAACAAUAACGCGAGCACACCGCUGCUUUCGAUUACCACUGCUGAUGGCGAUUUGAACGGACGGUGA